AAAUAACCCAAAAUAAUGUUAAAUCUUGGGGGAAAGGUGUGCGCACUACGCACUUCCUCUGGAUAUAUGCCAGUCGAGGUCGAGAUAAACAGCGAGUCGACGGAAAGCAAGCAAGACUGCUGAGUUUGGACCUCACGAACUGAAGCCAUCUCCAAGAUGGCGAUGGAAAGCAAAGCUCCCCUGCGGACUGUCCGCAGGAUACAGUUCGGCAUUCUGAGUCCAGAUGAAAUUCGUCGAAUGUCAGCUACUGAGGGAGGUAUCAAAUAUGCAGAAGUUUAUGAAAAUGGUCGCCCAAAAUUGGGUGGCUUGAUGGACCCUCGUCAAGGCUGCCUGGAUAGGAACACACGUUGUACAACAUGUGCUGGAAACAUGACAGAUUGUCCAGGGCAUUUUGGACACUUGGACUUGGCAAAACCAGUCUAUCAUGUUGGAUUCUUGACUAAAACAAUGAAAAUUUUACGUUGUGUUUGUUUCUACUGCAGUAAACUUCUCUUCAAUGCUCAAUACCCUAAAAUCAGAGAAAUUGUCACAAAGUCAAAGGGUCAACCCCGCAAGCGUCUUCAGCAUGUUUACAACCUGUGCAAAGGCAAGAUGAUUUGCGAGGGGGGAGAUGAGAUUGAUGUGGGCAAGGACCCUGAUGAUCCUGGUGCUCUGAAGAAGGGGGCAGGCCAUGGAGGUUGUGGUCGCUACCAGCCCAAUAUUAAGAGAAUUGGCCUUGAAUUGAUUGCUGAGUGGAAGCAUACCAACGAAGAUACACAGGAGAAGAAGCAGACCCUCAGUGCUGAGCGAGUUUAUGAGAUUUUCAAACACAUUACAGAUGAGGAAUGUUACUUGCUGGGUAUGGAUCCCAAGUAUGCGCGCCCUGACUGGAUGAUCUUGACUGUUUUACCUGUGCCACCACUGCCCGUACGACCAGCUGUAGUAAUGCAUGGGUCUGCUCGUAACCAGGAUGAUUUAACGCACAAACUGGCAGAUAUCAUCAAGGCGAAUAAUGAGCUUAUCCGCAAUGAACAGGCUGGUGCUGCUGCCCAUAUCAUUGUUGAGAACCUGAAGAUGCUACAGUUCCAUGUGGCUACGCUGACAGACAAUGACAUGCCUGGAUUGCCAAGAGCCCUGCAGAAGUCUGGAAGGCCACUCAAAGCCAUCAAGGCCAGGCUUAAGGGUAAAGAAGGAAGGAUUCGAGGCAACCUCAUGGGUAAGCGUGUGGACUUCUCUGCACGAACUGUCAUCACAGCUGACCCUAAUCUGCGUAUUGAUCAGGUUGGCGUCCCUCGGUCAAUUGCUCAGAAUCUCACCUAUCCUGAAAUUGUCACGCCAUUCAACAUGACCAAAAUGAUGGAACUUGUAAAGAGAGGAAACAACCAAUAUCCCGGUGCCAAAUACAUCGUCCGUGACAAUGGAGCACGUAUUGACCUGAGGUAUCACCCCAAGCCCUCUGAUCUCCAUCUACAGUGUGGCUACAAGGUGGAAAGGCAUAUCACUGAUGGUGACUUGGUUAUUUUCAACCGACAGCCAACUCUGCAUAAAAUGUCUAUGAUGGGCCACAGAGUAAAGGUGCUUCCGUGGUCCACUUUCCGAAUGAACUUGUCAGUAACAUCACCUUACAACGCUGAUUUUGACGGGGAUGAGAUGAAUCUUCACGUGCCGCAGAGCAUGGAAACGAGAGCAGAGAUUGAAAACCUUCAUGUGACACCUCGCAUGAUCAUCACCCCACAGGCCAACAAACCUGUCAUGGGUAUUGUGCAGGAUACACUUACAGCUGUCAGAAAGAUGACUAAACGCGAUGUUUUCCUGGAGAAGUCUGAGAUGAUGAACUUGCUCAUGUUCUUGCCCAUCUGGGAUGGCCGCAUGCCCCAGCCUGCAAUCCUGAAACCACGACCACUGUGGACCGGCAAGCAGCUCUUCUCGCUCAUCAUUCCUGGAAACCUGAACCUGAUCAAAACUCAUUCAACUCACCCUGAUGAUGAGGAUGAUGGACCAUACAAGUGGAUAUCCCCAGGUGACACCAAG